AUGAAUGAAGUAAAAGGUAUUUCGUGUUGCUUGAAAAACCUCGGAAUCGUUCAACAAAGUGAUUUCUUUUUAGAUAGAAGGAUAGGCACAAUUUUAAGAGAUUUCCACAGCACCCCCUCCAGGUUGCAUGUGUUAAAAAAUAAAGAAAUAAAUCGAAAUAAGAAGCAGCAAAUAUGGAUGAAAAAGAUACACGUAAAGGAAUUACCGCGUAAGAAGUUUGGAAAUAAACUGGGAACAGUGGCAAAAAUGCUCUACUUCAGGCAUAUCCUCGGGGAUCGAGCAGAAGAUCGUGUCCUUUACAAAAAGAAGAGUGCUGGGGAUUGUUGGCAAAGUACUCAUUCGAAUGCCUUCCUACGUGGAGUAAACAAUCCUGGUUGUGAAUCAAGUGGCAUACAAAUUAGUCAUAACGAUAAGAGCUAUACCAGCACGUGCCGCUCAAAAGGGGAUAGCCCUUGGCCCAAUGAGGAGGAACUGCAAAAUGAGCCAAAUGAAAAAGGAAUCAUUCAACUUAGGAGUAACGAAAAUGAAGUUUCUCCAACCCGAAGUGGAACAAAUGUGCGCAGAAUGGGCGAUCCAACUGAACACCACCGUAAUAAACACCUAUGGGACGAUAUUUGUGACGAACUAAAGUAUCAUUUGCCGUUCCUUCAGCCGUACAGUAUAACCACGGCUUUGAAUUAUCUGUCCAAAGUGAACUAUGAGGAAUACAACAUUUUCAAGCUAGUUGCAGAAAAUGUCGAUGAAAGAUGGAUCAAGAAUUUUAAUAUAAAGGAUCUGUCCCAACUGCUGUUGUCUUAUUCAAGACUUCACAUAAAAUAUGACUCAUUCGUAAAUUUAAUUAGCAGAGAAUUGUUAUAUAAAAUAUGCUUUGCAAAUAUGGAGGAGAUAGCUUUAAUAGCCUAUUCGUACACCAAAAUGAAAAUAUACGAUUAUGAGGUUUUCCUUCAUUUGUGUAAUGAGACAAAAGGGAGGUUGAAGAAGGAGUUAUCACAAAGUGUAGACAACUGUGCUGAUGCUACGGGCGGUGGUUCACGUAGCACUGUAGCGAUAGAUGAUAAUGGAAAAGAUGGCCAAUUGCAUAGAAACUGCGAUAAUGGGGGAAGGCUCCACGGGGAAGAACAUCCCUCCUCCACCUUGGAGGAUACACAAGGAAGGGAUAUUUCGCAGAUGAGAAUAAUUCAUCAUGAAAUUAAUAUAACGGAAACAAACGAUGGUGAAGGAAACCCCAAUUGGGUACACCACAACAUGGGGGAAUCAUCCCACCAAGCGGAUUAUACUUACAGUAAGAAGGGUCUAUAUAAGGAAUCAAAUUUUAGUGAUAGCCUAACGGAGCUAAGUACAGGAAAAACUACACAAAGGAAUGGCGAAGGAGAAUUAAGCAAGAAAUAUUCCCACAUUUGUCUGUUCACCUAUUGCCUCGGGAAAAACAAACAUCGGGAUGAUGCACUCCUAAGCUUAAUUUCGAAAUACAUAAAUGUGGAAAGGAUUAACAACAUAGAUGUAAGCAAUUUGUCUUACGCAUUUUCUCUGUUCAAUUUUUAUGAAGGCCGUUUUUUUGAGCAGUUCUGUGAAAAGAGUCGGCAAAUUGUGCAUACUGCGGAUCCUUCUCAGAAGGUAGUUAUCUUGUCAUAUCUUUUAAAACACCCGACGGAAGAAAUGCUAGAUGUAUAUCUGUUGUAUGUUAAAAAUAUAAGAGACGAAAUGGAACAGAAUCAUAUAUAUAAAGAACCGCUCCUCCUGAACAUGUGCAUAAACAGCUUUUCGAAUGACGUAUUUUUAAACUUCCUCCUUAAUUUAGUAACUUCCCCAGGAAGGGAUGGCAAUGGGUCGGAAAAAAUAAAUCAAGCCAAUUUCGUGUUAAACUUUCUGAUUGACUACGCAACUUUUUUUAUGAGAAAAAAGAAAAUGUGUUCACGUGAUUAUCCGAAGAUUUUAAACAUGCUCUUAAAAAUAUUUCCUAUUACGAGUGAGAUGAAUGACGACACGUCUUCCUUACGUCUGGUUCCCUCUUCCCGCAGGGUUACCCUCCUGAUAGAAGACCUGCUCGAUCUGAUCAUAGCGGAGAUGCAUACAUUUCAUGAUCUGGACUUGGCUCAUAUUAGGAAUAUUUUUUUUCGUAUGAAAGGGGGAAGUGUGGGUGCUCAAUUUGGUAGAAGGGAGGAAGCAAUUUUAAAUUUUGUCAAUAAGCAUGUCGACAAAGGGGGGAGAGGGUGCGCUCCGAAAAUACAUGUGGGAGAGUAA